AUGUCAACAUCAUCUAAGAAGAACCAAAUCUCUGCUCAAUAUCUCGAAGCCGACAAAAGAUGGACAGAGGGUCUGAUCCUUGCCCAAAGCCCUUUCUGGGUCAUCGCCGUGGCAUUCGUUAUGCUGAGUGGUAUCAUUAACACCUGGAACGACGUUGAUUAUAUGCUCUUCUCUAUUACCGUUGCCUUGCCCUCCAUACUUCUCCCAGCACUCCUAUCGAAACCUGGUGGUCGUCCAUGGUACCGCAGGUACUGGGUGAAACUCAACCUAUGGGUCUCGAUCAUAGUCUUCACGGGAACUUACUUCAUCUCUCACUACUUCUUCGAUCUUAUGGGCAUGCGAUACAUGUUCAACAACAAAGUGAAUUUCAGCUCUGCUGUUGCUGGUCGAACGGGUGGCGAAGUCCCUUUGUUCUUGUAUCCGCUUACGCAUGCAUAUUUUAUGAGUUACUUCACUUUCUUGUUGGUUGCAGAGCGCAAAAUUACUCGUCGAUUACAGCUUAGUCGUGUCGGACUUGUGUUUGUGGUGCUGGCCCUUUCAUACGCAGUUGCGCUCGGAGAAACAUUCUUCAUGGCGAGCCCUCUUCUUUCCAACGUGUUUCUCUAUGAGAAGAGAGAUCGAAUGAUGAAAGUAGGAACAUUUGGGUAUAUGAUAUUCUUCGUCACUGGCUUGCCUAUCCUCGGACGCAUCGAUAGCCGUGGCGAAGAUUGGCCUCUCAGCAGAGUAGUCACGGAAGCUCUUGCUGCAUUUGCAUGCAUACUGCUGUUGUUUGAGCUUUGGGCAAAGAUAAUUGGGCCUCUUUGA